GACGUCGGCGGAUGGUCAGGUGGGCGGUUUGGGCGCCAAAACUCGCUUUGAGGAGCCCGUCAGAGGAAGAGGAGCGCGAGCGACAUGGCGGAAUCUUCUGAGUCAUUCAACGUGGCUGCAAGCCCAAACCGAACCCCUCGGCGUGGCGAUGCCUUGACUUCCAGUCCCGGAAGAGAUCUUCCUCCGUUUGAAGAUGAAUCCGAAGGUUUGCUUGGAACGGAUGUGCUAGUUGAGGAAGAGGAAGGCGAGGAUCUGAUGGGUGAUGCGAUGGAAGAUGACUACCGUGCUAUUCCUGAGCUGGACUUGUAUGAGCGCGAGGGUCUCGAUGAUGACGAGGAUCUGCAGGAGAUGACCGCAAGCCAGCGAGCAGAAGCUGAAAGAGAGAUGCAACAGAGGGACCGCGCAGAGGAUCUACGGCAGGGCCGGAUGAGGAUUGAUCUGCUUUAUGAUAGUGAUGAGGAAGAAGAACGUCCUGGAAAGAAACGUCCGCGUUUGGCAGAUCCAACAGCAGUCGGAGACGCUGAUGAAGAUGAUGAUAUGAUUGAAAGCAUUGAAAACCUGGAGGACAUGAAGGGUCACUCCGUCAGGGAGUGGGUUUCCAUGGCAGCGCCCAGGCUGGAAAUCUACCACCGUUUCAAGAACUUCCUAAGGACCCACGUGGAUGAGCAUGGACACAACGUGUUCAAGGAAAAGAUAAGCGACAUGUGUAAAGAAAACAGGGAAAGUCUGGUGGUAAAUUACGAGGAUCUGGCUGCCCGGGAGCAUGUGCUUGCUUACUUCCUGCCUGAGGCACCGGCAGAAAUGCUCAAGAUAUUUGAUGAAGCUGCCAAAGACGUGGUUCUCUCCAUGUACCCAAAGUACGACCGAAUCGCAAAGGAGAUCCAUGUUAGAAUUUCCAGUCUCCCUCUGGUAGAGGAGCUCCGCUCGUUGAGGCAGCUUCACUUGAAUCAGCUGAUCCGGACGAGUGGCGUGGUCACAAGCUGUACGGGCGUCCUACCCCAGCUCAGCAUGGUCAAGUACAACUGUAACAAAUGUAAUUUCAUCCUGGGGCCUUUCUUCCAGUCCCAGAAUCAGGAGGUGAAGCCGGGCUCCUGCCCUGAGUGCCAAUCAAUGGGGCCUUUCGAAAUCAACAUGGAGGAGACUGUGUACCAGAAUUACCAAAGGAUCACCAUUCAGGAGAGUCCAGGGAAAGUUGCAGCUGGGAGGCUUCCACGCUCAAAAGAUGCAAUCCUCCUUGCAGACCUCGUGGAUAGCUGUAAGCCGGGUGAUGAUAUCGAACUCACUGGCGUCUAUCACAAUAACUAUGACGGUUCACUCAACACUGCGAAUGGCUUUCCUGUCUUUGCCACGGUGAUCAUGGCGAAUCACAUCACAAAGAAAGACAAUAAAUUGGCUGUGGGUGAACUCACCGAUGAAGACAUCAAGACUAUUGUUAGUCUUUCCAAAGACGAGAGGUUAGGAGAAAAGAUCUUUGCUAGCAUUGCACCUUCUAUAUAUGGCCAUGAGGACAUUAAAAGGGGUCUUGCUUUGGCACUGUUCGGAGGUGAAGCCAAAAACCCAGGUGGAAAGCACAAGGUGCGAGGGGACAUCAACGUCCUGCUAUGUGGUGACCCGGGCACAGCCAAAUCUCAAUUUCUGAAAUACGUGGAAAAAGUUUCCAGUCGAGCUGUGUUCACUACUGGCCAGGGAGCGUCAGCCGUGGGUCUGACUGCUUACGUGCAGAGGAACCCAGUCAGUAAGGAAUGGACUCUGGAGGCCGGAGCUCUGGUGUUGGCAGACAGAGGAGUGUGUCUCAUCGAUGAGUUUGACAAGAUGAACGACCAGGACAGGACCAGCAUUCAUGAAGCGAUGGAACAGCAGAGCAUCUCUAUCUCCAAGGCAGGCAUUGUCACCUCUCUUCAGGCCCGAUGUACAAUCAUCUCUGCUGCCAAUCCCAUAGGAGGACGCUAUGAUCCUUCUUUGACCUUCGCUGACAAUGUGGACCUGUCUGAGCCAAUCUUGUCCAGAUUUGAUAUCCUGUGUGUUGUCAGAGACACCAUUGACCCUGUUCAGGAUGAAAUGCUGGCCCGGUUUGUAGUGGGCAGCCACAUCAAACACCAUCCAAGCAACAAAGACACAGCUAGUGGAGCAGAAAAUGAACAGCAUUUGCCAAAUACAUACGGCGUGGAUCCCAUUCCACAGGAGCUGCUGAAGAAAUACAUUACCUACGCUAAAGAGAAAGUCCACCCCAAGCUCAACCAGAUGGACCAGGACAAAGUUGCCAGAAUGUACAGUGACCUCCGGAAGGAGUCCAUGGCUACGGGCAGCAUCCCCAUCACUGUGCGGCACAUAGAGUCAAUGAUUCGAAUGGCUGAGGCUCACGCUCGCAUCCACCUGAGGGACUAUGUAGUGGAGGACGAUGUCAACAUGGCCAUUCGGGUGAUGCUGGAGAGCUUCAUCGACACACAGAAGUUCAGCGUCAUGAGGAGCAUGAGGAAGACCUUUUCACGGUACUUGUCAUUCAAACGAGACAACAAUGAGCUUCUGCUCUUCAUUCUGAAGCAGUUGGUGGCAGAGCAGUCAACAUACCAGCGGAACCGGUACGGAGCACAACAAGAUAGCAUUGAGGUGCCAGAAAAGGACAUGGUGGAAAAGGCUCGUCAGAUCAACAUUCACAACCUGUCGGCAUUCUAUGAGAGCGAUCUCUUCAGAAUCAAUAAGUUCACUCACGAUGUGAAGAAAAAACUAAUUUUACAGCAGUUCUAAUAGAAUUGUGUGAGAGGUGACUGGCACAAGGUGGAAAAAGAUGGUAUUAAGUGUUUAUGGAUGUUACAGGGGGGAUUCUGCGUGAGUGUUAUGGGAGGAGGGGGAAGGGAAUUCUGUUUGAGUGUAAUGGAAUGGAAGGAAAUCAGUGAAUGUGUUUCUGGAUGUUAUGGGAAUGUAUGUAUUGCCAAUCUUGUGCUGAACAUUUUGUCUCAAUGUAGUUUUUUUGUAAUAAGACUGUUUAUCCUGAUACCAGCAAACAUCACAUUAAUCAGCAAAUGCUCUUUUUUUGGACUCUGCCAGGGGCAUCGAUAAUCCAAAUCUUUGUGUAAAUUACCUAAUUCUUAGUGCUUCUAUUAUAAUACAUGUCAAUAAAGAUGUGUUUUUUGCAAGAA